AUGCUAACCAUGGCGGUCUCUGAGACAUCUGAAUCAGAGGUACCAUCCUCUCCUGUCCCCUGCCGAGGACUGUGGCAUGGGGGGGGGCAGCGGGCAAGCGGCAGCGCAAAUGCUGAGCGCAGUGGGAUAUUUAUUUGCUUGGGAGUUCUCAAGCUUAAUCGGCGGAGCUGCGGGCUGUGAAAGCGAUGAGAAGGUAGAGGAGGCUGGGCAGGUAUUUCUCUUGAUGAAAAAGGACUAUCGAAUUUCACGCAAUGUGCGUCUGGCUUGGUUUCUCAGCCGCUUGCAUCAGGUUAUCUGGGCAGUGCCUGAAUCAGAACUGGUGCAAUCCGAUAAUGAAUUGGAUGUUCUCAGCAUACUUCCAAAGAGCUGGCAACCUGACGAGCUUGUCCAGCCUAGGCCGUUCCUUCUAGAGCCUUCCACACAAGUCACUUUCCUUGCACGCCAGUACCGUUUUGUGAUUGAGCUGGAUUUGAGCCCUUCUACAGGGAUUGUGGAUGACUCUACAGGGGAGAUCAUUUUUGAUGAAGUGUUCUAUGCUCUGUCUCGGUGUUUAGUGGGGUUGUUAAAACCCUUUCGAAUCCCAGGCUCAGACGUUAUCUACCAACCUGAGAUCUUCAUCACCAUCCAAGCAUAUUCUUCCAUCAUUGGCCUACAGACAAACCAGGUACUGUUCCAGGGUUGUCUGCUGGAUGAAACCAAAACAGAGACCUUCCUGCAACAAGUUUAUACUCAGCUGUGCACCUUUGAAAACAAAGUGGCUGAAAUGCUGCAGCAGCAGUAUGAGCCCAAAACUCAGGUGGACUUGUCAUCCCUUAACCAGGAGCAUCUUUGUGACCCCCAGGAGCCCUCAGGAAGGAAACUGGGCAUCUCCAUGGUCACUGCUGAUGUCGGGCUUGUCAGCAUGAUUCGGCAGGGAAUUCUCGCACUUCAGCUGCUGCCCUCCAACUCCAGUGCAGGCAUUAUUGUGAUCACAGAUGGCGUCACCAGUGUCCCAGAUGUAGCAGUCUGUGAGACUCUGCUCAACCAACUGCGAAGUGGGACUGUGGCCUGUUCCUUUGUUCAGGUAGGAGGAGUCUACUCUUACGAUUGCAGUUUUGGCCAUGUUCCCAAUGUGGAACUCAUGAAGUUCAUUGCCAUGGCAACAUUUGGUGCAUACCUCUCCACAUGUCCUGAUGUGGAACCUUCUAGUUUGGACCUGAAUGUCUAUCACAAAGCUUUUCUGCUGUAUUCCUUUCUGCGCAGUGGGGAGUCCCUGAACCCUGAGUAUUACUGCGUGUCCCAGCACCGGCUGUUCAAUGAACACCUUGUUUCUGCGAGCAGCAACCCUGCUCUGGCUAUGAGGCGGAAGAAGCACACAGAGAAGGAAGUUCACGCAGAUCUUAUCAGUAUAGUCUCUGUCCGGCUGCGAGAAGGUUAUAGCAUCCGUGAGGUCAACAUCACAAAAGGUGGCACUCAUCUCGAAGUGAAGUUAGUCCUGUUAUGGAAGCACAAUAUGAGAAUUGAAUACCUAGCAGUGGCCCCAUGGCCCUUGGACCCUUCUAAACGUAGCACAUGGGUGGAAGUGACUAUGGAGGGCAGCUAUGACAUCUUGCAUGACAUCAGCUGCACCAUGCGGAAGCCCAUCACCAGCCUAUACCGCACAACUGUGAUACGCCGCUUCUGGAACACCCUGCAAAGCAUCAACCAAACAGAUCAGAUGCUGGUUCAUCUGCAGUCAUUUGACAGUGUCCCAGAGCACUUCACAAUCCCUGAAAGCACUAGAAAUGGAGUGCCUCUGUUCUACAUUCCUCCAGGAUCCACUACGCCAGUACUGUCAUUGCAGCACAGUAGCUCAGACUCCUGUCACUCGCAGUUUGCUGCCUAUUGGAAGCCCAUUCUGUCUAUGGAUGCCAACUUCUGGCAGAGGUGGCUUCACAUGCACCGCAUUGUAAUCCUUUUGGAACAUGACAUGCCAGUCCCAAAGCAUUUGCACACCCCAGGUAACAAUGGCCGCUACAGCACUAUCCAGUGCCGCAUCUCGCACUCGGCACUGACUUCUUUGCUGCGUGACUGGAGUAGCUUUGUGCUUGUGGAAGGCUACUCCUAUGUCAAGCUCAUGCGCAGUUCUGAGGAUCAGCCUCCUUUUUCAUUUUAUGUCGUGCGGAUCAUUUCCAAAGCCCCCUGCAUGGUCCUUCGACUGGGAUUUCCCAUUGGAACACUUGCUAAGAUCAGGAACAAAAUAGUAGAAGAAUUAAGAGAUCGUAUCCUUCAGCUGCGCUUCCCCCACAGAGUACAGAGCAAAGAGGCAACUCCAAAAGUGAAGAGGAAGGUCCUUGGCAGUAGCUCCCCAUCAAAAUCUCCUCCUGUGCCUGGGGCCCAGCCAACCCUCUCAGACAGGCCUUGCCUUAUUGUGCUGCACAAGCCUCUGGAGAAGCUCCUCAUUAGAUAUGAGAAGUUGCCCUCUGACUAUCGUGUUCCCUGCCUCCUGCCUCUGGAGAAUCCCCCAAUGUCAGGCCCUCUCACCAUGGUGGCCAACCGCACCGCUUCAUCCACCCUGGCCUCCUUGUCUCGCUACUUCUACCACCAGCGCUGGAUCUGGUGUGUGCAGUCAGGGCUGGUACCCUCAGUACCCAUCACAGCUGUGGCACAACUGCUGUCCACUCUCACAGAGGUUCGUCUGUCUGAGGGCUUCCACUUUGCAUCCAGUGGUGAUGGGAUUAUCAGUAUGGUGCUAGAAUUGCCCAUGAAGAACGAUUCCUCCAGAGAGAGCGGCAGUGAGAAGCACACCUGUGUUGUCCAAUAUGUGCUGUUCCCUCCACAUUCCACUUCGACUAAAGACAGUUUCUCCACAGAUGAUGACAAUGAUACAGAGGUAGAGGCUGUUGAGGUGGACAUGGAGCUGAACCUUGUUACGGAGUGCUGGGUAGAGCCACAAAGCGGCUGUGUGAAUGGUGCAUCAGACAGCUGGCAGCACUUACAUGGCCUGUCUUACCAGAAAAUCCCCAAAGCGCUCUACCCUCGAGAUCUGAUGUGCAUCCAUACCAUGCUUGCCUUUGAGUAUAUCAGCCAGCUGUGCCAGAACAAGGACUGUGUCUUCCCAGCAUGUGAUCCAAGGCCUGCUGCUGCUGAAGGUCGCCAUUCUGGAAGUGGCUCCCGUGUGCAUGAAAUUCCAUUCCAGUUUGACCUCAUGAAGCUGCUGCCCAAGUGCCAGCAGAUUGAAAUGUCCUUCCUGAUGCUGACAGUAGCAGAGGAUGAUGGGAUCACAAAGGACUCUUCUCUCUUGCCCAAUGAAAUGCUCCUCAGCCUCUUUCAUGGCUGUUUUCAGCAUGACCUCAGUGACAGGGAGAUCACACUAUCUGGCACAGAUCAUGUAACCUUCAUGGAGCAGGUGCUACAACGGGACAGAGAUGGCCACCCACCUCCAUUUAUGCUCCCAGUGGUCCAAGAGCCCCCAAAGACCUCUCAGCCCCCUGUACAUCAGGAUCCAACAAACACUUUCCACUCCGUUGGCAACAAGGACAUUGCUACCUCUGCAAGUACACACCAGGCUCCAAACAAUACGGAGGGAUCGAAAGUUGACAUCUCUCCUGCAACUGAUGCCCUUUUUCCUCAGUGGAGAUGCUAUGCGAAGCUGGUAAAUCCACAGCAUCUUUUCCUCACCUUCCUACCAGCUACAUUCCCAGACAUACAGAAAUUGAUGGCUCAUGGGACAAAUAAACUUUCAAAAGAGCAGGAACCAACACUUUCCCAAGGAGAACAGGAGCUGGCGAUUUCAGGGUUGCUUCCAACCGUCAGUGUCACACCAGCCAAUGAAAUUGGCCAGGACUCAGGAGAUCCAGAUGCUGUGCCAAGAAGGGAAGGGCGUAUCUCCUUCAGUCGCCAGACAUCUCAGCCUGACAUGGGAGAGAGCUGCCGAGCCCGCUGCCCUGUCUAUGUCUACAGCUGUUCCUUGGAACUGUUGCGGGAGCAAAUGAUCAGUCCCAGGCCAGAUAAGCCUCUGCGGGAUAUUUUUUUCAGAAGCCAGUCUGUGGAGCGCCCUACCACUGCUCCCUGGUUAGAUUCCAAGCACAAGGAAUUUCUGAGUUUCUGCACCUUGCUGCAAGAACAUUCCCACCAGUGCUAUGUAAAAGGCCUGUUCCAGAGCCUACAACAGGGUCACAGCAUUAGCGGCCCUGAUCUGCUCAUAGCCAUGGAUUACUGUGAGGAGCUUCUGCAGGAGAUAGACAUCACUAGCUUUUUACUUACUCUGUGUAAUCACGUGCGCUCCUUCUGUGAACGCCAUCAGCAUUUGCCCACCAGCUUGGUGGGGGAAGCAGUACAAGCCUCCCGAGCGCGGGGUGUGCUAGUAUCUGUUUCCAGUGCUGAGACGGAGGAUUUUAGUGAGCCGGAUUCCCAUGUCUCCGUCUGUCCUUCUCAAGAGCCCAACCACAGCUGCUGCCCAGAGUUCCCCCUCUCAUUGCUAGAGAGCAGCCAGCCAUGCCAAGCACACCCUGACCUACACAGGAUCAUCCAGGAGAAGUUCUUGGAGAUUGGCAGCUUGCAUUUUAAGCCAGUACCAUCCAAUCCUCAUUACUAUUUCUACUGCCCUCCUUCUGCCAAAAAAGAGGAGGAGGCCUCUCGGGACCAUGCAGAUAGGAAAGGCAGUGAAGACAUGGAGAGCUCUGAAACGGAUCUGGCAGCAGAUGAAGGGAAUGCAUCUGGCUGUGGCAUUGGUACUGAGAGCGAUCCAGAACUGGAGGUGGAAUAUCGGGAACGCUUGGACCAUGAAUGUCUAGAAAGAGACUCCCUGUCUGACUCCAACACUGUUAACCAGGAUGAGGACUCCUUCAGUGUACUGGGUGACUCUCUAGCAGAGCAAGAGUUGCUGGAACAGGACAUGCCACCCCUCUUUGUGCAUUUGACCUGCUCUGUGAAGCUGCGCAGCCAGCACAGUUCCAUGCCUGUUCGCUCGCUACCCACCUGCCUGGGAGAAGUACUGGACUGCUUUGAGAGCUGCAAGGCACUGCACACCAUUGACCUGUCUGACCUGUGUGUGACUCUUGACAUUUUUGUUCUAACCCUUCCCCUGGAAAUUGAAAUGGUGAACGAUUUGCAUCACAAUAGGUAUACUUCUGAGAGUAGCGUCUCCUUCACCCGUUCCCCAGGGCGGCCCUCCUCCUUCCGCUCUGAUGAGGAGCUUAUGCACACCUUGGACAGGCUGCCAUCAACUGUGGAUGAUGGGCAUCCAGCACUCUCCAAACUUCCCGGAGUGCACAGACAAGCCAUUGAAGCUACUAUGACAGAGAUCCGCUGGCUCUUGGACGAUGAGAUUGUAUCUGCAUUGCGCCAUUCGCGGCCAGUUACCUCAGACACCUUGAGUCGGGUGGCUACUCAUGUUUACAGCUCUCAAGGCCGCCCAAGCUGCCUUUGCGAGGCUGUCCCUUUGCAAUUUGUGUUUGGGCCUGAGAGCUCUCUGGAAAGGUUUCGUGAGGAGUUCCAGAGAAUGACCCUACCUGGCUACGUCCUCAAUGCUGAGGGGAAUGAUUUCUACUAUGUUUCCAUCAGUCGCCUACAUGCUCCAGCAGGAGGACCCAGCCCUUCAGUAACUCUUGAGAGCACCAUGACAGGAGGCAGGUGUGAAAGCAGCAACAAAACAGAAGGCUCCUUGCCCUGUUCUACUCCGCCAGAGGAGGCUCAUGGUCUCUGGGCAUGGGCAACAAGUGAGAACAAGGCCGGGCUGGAGACAGGAGAAUUCCUGGAUGUGUCGGAGGAAGUUCCACGACUGGAUCAAGCCCUUACUUCAGAGUGUGGCUCCUUGGAUGAGGAAGCUGCACUGAGCCAGCUACAACCUCUCCCUUGCUCCUUGGAAAAGUGGAACAGUGAGAAAACACCGUCUGUAGCAAGCUUGGCAGACUCUGUGACUCCAGGUUGUGGGAAGCAGCAUUCCAGUCGAGUGCAGAGCCUGGUGUCGAGCCAGGGUAGUAUGGAUUCUGAUCUCCUAGGGUAUGAUGGUGGGAGCAGCGAUUCCGAAUGUGAGGAGGCAAUGAUGAGUGACCUGGAACCCAAGUGCCCCCUCAUGCCUAAUUUCUGGCUGAUCGUAAAAAUCCACCAGGACCGGGUGGAAGUCUAUUCCCACACAUGCAGCUUGAGUGCAGUGAAAGUGGCACAGAAUGAGGAAGGGGAGUGUGUGCAUCUUCACCAUACUGUGGUAAAGAAGGUUGGUGAGAUCUGCCGCAUUGUGAACCAGCGGCUGCUGCUUCAAGAUCUGCAUGACAGUCAUAUUUGUAACUCUCUCCUUGUUGCUGAGAGUGAGGAGGAUAUCUGGAAAAGUGAAACACCAUACAUCUAUCAGCAGCGCGCUGGGCCUGAUGACUACCCUGGAGAGGAGAGCUACCAGUCCCGUGACUAUCUUGCAGCCACCAUGCAGUUCAUGCCAGGACAUUUUGCCUGCGAUGCAGUCUGGAACGCCACCAUCCAUGUACAUUCGCGACUCAAGAUGGGGCCCAAUAUGGGUGUUGCACGUGCCAUCCAAGCCCUGCGCUCUGUGCUCAAUGCUUUCUCAGUGGUUAACAGGAAGAAUAUGUUUGUUUACCAGGAGCGCUCCACCAAGUCUGUUUUCUAUUUACGACUCUCUGAAACCACCUCCAGUGGGAAGGGUGGGGAAGCUGAAAUCCAGAGCCUUGCAAGCCACUCGCUGGCACUUUCACGCAGCCAGGAGCCUGCUGAGGACCUGAGUGGCUCUCGCUCCUCCUUGGAAGCAGCCUCUUGCCGCAGUGUGGAUUCAGCCCGCCCUGUGAGCCAAGUGGACAGGCAUAUCCAGCUGGUGGUUCAUGGAGUUGCACAGGCAGGACCUGAGAUCACAGAUGAGCUCGUGAAGGUUCUACGCAGGCGCCUAGACGAGGCCACAUUGGACAUCAUCACAGUUAUGCUUGUGCGGAACUGCAAGCUCACUCCUGCGGAUGUGGAGUUCAUACAGCCCCCAGGCAGCCCGCCUACUGAAGUGCUGCAGUUUACUCUGCCCCCCUCCUGCCUGCCCUGGCUCCCAGCUGUGGCCUGCUAUCUACGCCAGAAUCUGCUGAUCUUCCUGCACACACCCAAGUACACAGACAGUAAUGUUGAGAACCAUUUCAAGCAUUAUUUCCAUCUGAGCAACAGCAGCCCAGACCUGGAUCUCUAUCUGUACAACAAGCCUGGAGGCCAGGGCACUGGUGGCAAAGGUUCCAUGUUGGAUCUUGUGCAGCACCUGUUUCCACCUUCCCAGUUUCAAGGCAUUGCAUGCAUAGCCCUGUCCUUUGUGGAUGAUCAUGGAAAUCCUAUCUCUUUGGCUCGCUGGGAGAAACCACCUACCGCACUGCUGAGCACAUCAUUUUUUCAGGAGGCAGAUUUUGCGAGCUUGACUGCUGUCACUAAGCACCAGGCUGAGCCUGGCACAUCAGAGCCAGCAUUGUUUCCUCUGGUGCGCCUGGACAUCUGGGAGAAGGGUAACAUCAGCCUGCUGCAGCUGUCGGAAAGGCUGCGCAGUGCUCUGCGCCAUGCUCUCUGCGAUGCCCUUAUGGAAUUCCAUGUGCUGCCCAACCCACUGUGUGUUGAGCCAUCUGCUGAGCUAGAGGAUCCAGGGAAUGUCGGCAUUCUGCGCCGGACAAUGUCUGAAUCAAAGGGGUUGACUCAGCCUGCUAGAAGCAAAGCGUGUCCACCCUCCCUGCAUUUUGCUAUGCCCACUGCAGUUACUGGUGAGCCAGUCACACCUACCAACAGGAUGGGGAGACGAAGCUUCUGGGAUAUGAGGAGUAAACCGGAGAUAGUGGAGCAAGGAAGCCCCAAGACCACAGAUGACAUUGUGCUGGAGCGGCCUGAGGAGAGCCGAACCCGCCGCCGCCACAAGACCGAGAGCGUAAAGCAGCCCUCAAGCCAGGAACAUGUUGCAGCAGCUGCUGAGCAGGGUCAGGCCCAGAGACGUCGGGCCUGCCAGCUAGAGGAGGGGGAUGUUGGAGUCCUGCACCCACUUUUCAGUCAGACCUGCCAGUCCUGGAUGGCAUUCAUGAACCGCCUGGGGUGUCCAUCAGUGCAACAAUGUGCCACUGAGAGUGUGUCCCGCUUCCUGCUCUCCUCCAUCAUGCUUGAAGUAGUGAACCUAGUCACUACUUUGGCAAAUGACACCACUGUCAAAGUGUUUGAAAAAGUCAGUGGUCCCCAAGGGAUGUCCUUUGUGCCAUAUUCCCUGACGCUAGGUACCAGUGCUCGACCAGCUGUCAUUCGACACUUCGCCCUGCUUGGGCGUAGCUUCCACCAAUGGCACUGCAGCACAGAACAAGCCAUCAAGGGAUUCCAGCGUUUUGAGGCCACUGAGCUUGGGUCUGCUGAAAAAAGUGGUGAUGUAGCCCCCCGGCAAAGAUUCCUUUUCAUGGAGAUCAUUGACAAAAAGCUGGUGCUUUAUACCUACAAUUGGUCUGUGGACCUGGGUAGCGCCCUGAGCAGCGCCCUCACUCGCUUGCUACAGUGGCAGAAUGCCCGAGCCCAUGUGGUGCACUGUCUACUGAGCCAGAAGCUUGGGCUUUUUCAUCACUACUGCUACAUGGACACUCCAUGGCAUGAGGACAGCAAGCAGGAGCAAAAUCCCUUCCUGAACUCCACCCUGGACGUGGAUGCCCUGAUCCGAAGCUCUAGUGUUCCCCCAGGCAAGGAGCAAGGUCGUCUUAGCAGCUCUGCACGCGUAUUGCAACCUCUGCACUUCCCUCCUGAUAUGGUACCCUUUGAUGAGGCCCUUCGUGAUGUCUCAGUCAGCUGGCCUAUCCUUCACAGCCCAGAGCAUCGUGUGCUUGACCGUGUGGCCCAGCACGGAGCUCAGUUUCUGGAGAUCAAGAACACCGAGCGGAAAGAGCUGGAGAAACAAAUGAAGAUUGAGAACCUCUUUGUGACAUGGCAACAGCGGUCUGCACAGUCCAACAUGCCAAUCAGUCUUGCAGAUCUGGAAACCCUGAAGCAAUCAUCACGCUUGGUCCAUUACUGUGCCACACCACUGCUCUUCGAUCCCACCUUCCGGCAGCAGAUUCUGGCUGACCAGCAGAACAAGCCGGAGGGGAAGAAGCGGCACCGCUCAAAUGACUCCACAGCAUCCAGUAGGGACCGCAGCCACAGUUGUGACUCUGCAGAGGGGCUGCCGUGUCGAACCAAAGAUGAGGCCUGGCUGCUGGAGCUGUGUCACACUUUCCUGCAACAGUAUAUCCAGUACCUGCAGAGCAUGGGCUUCAUCCUGGUGCAGCUGCGCCCAGCCUCACCCACCCGCAGCAGCACCAGCCGGAUCAGAGCUCUGGCAGCAAUGGGCAACGAGGCACGGGCUUCUUUCUCAUACACCAGGCCAAAGGCUGAUGGGAGCCCAAAGAGCACCAGUCCUCCUGUCACCACAUACCACUUGCAAAGAGCUCUGCCUGGGGGCAUUGUGCUAAUGGAACUGGCUUUCCAGGGCUGCUAUUUCUGUGUCAAGCAAUAUGCACUGGAGUGCUCACGAAUCCCCAUGGGCCAGACUGUCAACUCACAGGUGGAGCAGAGGACGGAGUAUGAGAGGACACCCUCCCUUCCCGUUCGGCUUUCUAUGCUCUUCACAGAGGAGUGUGACAAGGUGCGUGAUCUCAUGCAUGUGCACUCAUUCAGCUAUGAUUUCCAUCUACGCAUUGUGCAUCAGUAUCUACUUGGAUCCCAUAUGGCACUGCGACAAGGCUAUCACCUCACCAGCUUCCUAGAAGACUUCAUUGCCCAGCACCCCGACAUCCCCAAAUUUGGACGCAAUCACAUCUUUCAAGGUGCACUGGCCUUGCCUACCAACACCAUCACAGCACACCAACUGUACAACUAUAUAACUGACCAUGCCAGCACCUAUCAUAUGAAGCCGCUACGCAUGGUCAGACCAGGAACUAGCACUGAGGGCAAGAAGGGGACCCCUGGCCCCGAACAAAAUGAGUAUGCCCUAGUCUCCAUCUGGAACAGCUCGGGCUCCUACAAGGAUUCAGAGGGGCUGCGUCACCACGACGACUUUGAUGUGUCCAUGCUUGUGUACCACAGUGCUGCUCCCUUUGAGGAGCAAACUGAGGCAGAGCGACAUAUGCUACGGUUGCACUUCUAUGUGAUCAUGACAAGCCAACGGGAGCUGUUUCCACGACUAACUGCUGACAUGCGGCGUUUCAAAAAGCUGCCACGCCUACAGCGGGAGAGCCUGGAGCCGGUUCUGGGACGUGCAGCUUGGGAGACAGCAGAGGGUGGCUGGCAGCGGAAGGAAGUGCCGGAGCCUUGGGAGGAGGUGGAGGAUGGUGGCGAGUUCUAUGCAGGUGGUCCCCAGGUCAAGGUGGGCCCUGGCCUCUUCUAUACAUCUCCACUGUUUCCACUUCUGGCCUCUGAGGUGGCUGCUGCACAGAAGCAGCUCAGCAACAUGGUGCAGCUUGCCAAGUGUCACUGUCGCCGUGACAACCUUUGGAAGCGGCUCUUCCUGCUCGAGCCUCUUGCCUCCGACAAACUGAAGCUGGGCAAGCUCUCCCUUGGGGAGCUCGAGGAGCUGCUGGAUGCUGUGCACAGGAAAUCCAUUGCGGACAUCGAUCCCCAGUUGAGCUGCUUCCUCACCAUGACAGUCUCCUGGUAUCAGAGUCUUAUCAAGGUGCUACUGAGCCAUUUUCCCCAGAGCUGCCGCCAUUUCCAGAAUGCAGAUGCUGGCACCCAGUAUCUGGUCGUCCUGAAUCAAAAAUUCACAGACUGUUUUGUGCUUGUAUUCCUCGAUUCCCAUUCAGCAAAAACAAGUCUGACUGUGGUUUUUCGGGAACCGUUCCCAGUACAACCCCAGAACAGUGAGAGCCCCUUGCCACAGCUGGUGUCUACAUACCACCAUCUGGAAUCCGUCAUAAACACAGCUUGCUUCAACCUCUGGACAGGGCUGCUCUAGUGUCAGUUGGCUCCUUUCACUUGGGUCAUGCUGCACAGGCCCAGUUGUGUCAGGACUGGAAUAAAGAUGGUACUGCAGGUGGCAGGCGUGCACACACAGAGUGUGGGUGAUGUCAUGCUACAGCUGGGUGAAUAAGAGGUCAGCACAUCUUGAAUUCUGAUGAGGCUGAACAGAAUAAUUAAGGGAAUGGGACUGUUCCAGAGACUGGAAUGCAGCACAAAGGUGGAACACCUCUCCCCAAGAAAAACUACCGGACGAGGCAUGUGGAUGGACAUGCUACCUUCCCUUGGGCUCCUUGGUGCCAGGGCUGAAAGACGACUGGAGCUGCUGACUUGGCCUGGCUUAGAGUGAUUCACUGGAUGGGUUUGAACGGGAAGGUGCUACACAAUGAUGGGAAUGUUUUAUAUGAAGUGAAUGUACAGUAAAUUAAAUAAAACGGAUCAUUAACUAUAACAGUAAAAAUACUUUGUC